GUGGUAAUCAUUGGUAAUCAUUGGUAAUCGCAGGUAAUCGUCGGUAAUCAACGGUAAUCACUGGUAAUCACCCGGUAAUCACUGGUAAUCACCCGGUAAUCACCCGGUAAUCACUGGUAAUCUUCGGUAAUCUUUGGUAAUCUUUGGUAAUCUUUGGUAAUCUUUGGUAAUCUUCGGCAAAUUCAAGUAAUCUUUAAGUGUCCCUGCAAUUAGCGUACCCAGGGGCGAGGCCAAUAACAGCGCCUGCAGAGCGUUGGGUAGGCCGACCCGCCCCGUAUUUGUGCGCAGUUGGUGGCCGACCCACAGCCUGCAGUGCCCCAGCCCGCAGCGCCGGUGCAAAAUAAUAAAAAGGUGUGGGGGAGGGGGCGUCUCAAAAUAAGACCGUUUGCAAACGAGCGUUCUUUACCUAAAUUCAAAUCUUAUUGUGUGUUGUGAAGGGGUAUAAUACGGUGUGAUGGGACGCUAACUAAGCCAAAUACUUGAAGGGUGUUUGAAUUCUGUGUGGUUCGCGCACUUUUUAUCCACCUAGGAACAGCCAUCUUGACCCCUUCCCUCCCCGACAUCUUCUCUCUCACUCCCACGUAUGUGCUUCAUUCAUUCUCGCGCCGACGACGGACGUCGACGAGACGAGUGAGCUUGAGAAGUGAGCUUCUAACCUAACUCAAGUCAACGUGACUGGUGCAGUUGUUAAAGGAAGCAAAGAUGGGAGCAACACCAGCAGCUGGUGAUCUCGAUGUACUGCUGAAUGAACAGAAGAAAGUUGAUGCCUUUUGGCUAGCUUAUGAAGACCGCCUGCGUUCUACUUUACCUCCUGAACUCAAAGCAGUUUUAUGUUUUAUGGGCUACAAAUGUAAGGCUGCCCUCCAAAAAUUUGAUAAGGACGAUGUUGCUAAAAUAGAAAAAUUCAUGGUGGAAAAGCUCCAUAAGCUUGUUGAUGAAAGCAAAUAUGAGAUGUACUAUGGUAUCUUCGCCAAGGAACCACAACUCUUUGAAAUUAUGGGUGGAUUUCAACGUGUCUUGGAGGCUAUGGUGGAGCUUACGAACAGUAAAUCUUCAACAUUCUUUUCGGGUCACAACAAAAGAAGAGAAGAACCAGCCAAUCGUGAUGUUAUUUCAGCACAGCAGCAAGCAGAGCCUAGUGGCCCCCCAGGCACUUUUGAGAAAGACGUUAAUCAUCUCCAUUCCAUGUUGUCAAAAUGGUUAGAAGAAAAUGCUCCGGAUGUAGAAGUGGACUAUGAAGUGUUACCAGUGACAGUGUCAAGAGAUGCCUUUGGAGGGCUGUCAUGCCGAAUUGGCUGUCCAGUGGCAGAAUGCAACACGAUUAGCUCUGGAAACAAGAAAGGUUCUCGGUGGUCACACAACUUUUAUAGACACAUGAAAAUCCACCUAAACCGUAAGCGGAAUGGUCAGGGAACUUUGUGUAGUCUAAUAGUUAAAAAGAAAAAAAGUGACAGUGCUGAUACUACUGCCAAUGAAGUUGAACAUCGUGAGAAGGGGCCCGGAGAAAAUGAUUCUGGAAGCACCAUUAGUGGAGAAAGUGACACUCAAGUUGUAAAUUUAGAAGACAACGCGGAUGAACAUGUUGACAACAUCUGCAGUGAAAAAAAGAAUGAGAACGCUAUACGUGGAAAGAAUAAUCUUGGAACGGAUUUUUAG